AUGGCCUGGAGUUUCCAGGGGAAAGCCCAGUUCGGGGGACUGCUCCUAUCCCUCCUUGGCUGGGUCUGUUCAUGUGUCACCACCGCCCUGCCCCAGUGGAAGACGCUCAAUCUGGAACUGAAUGAAAUGGAGACCUGGAUCAUGGGCCUUUGGGAGGUCUGCGUGAAUCAGGAGGAAGUUGCCACUGUGUGCCAGGCCUUCGAAUCUUUCUUAUCUCUGCCCCAGGAGCUCCAGGUAUCCCGCAUCCUCAUGGUGGCCUCCCAUGGGCUGGGAUUAUUGGGACUUCUGCUCUCUGGCUUGGGGUCGGAAUGCUGCCAGUUUCACAGGAUCAGAUGGGCAUUUAAGAGGUGGCUCUGCAUCCUGGGAGGGACUUUGGAGGCAUUAGCUUCAGCCACUACCCUCUUUCCAGUCUCCUGGGUGGCCUACACCACAAUUCAAGACUUCUGGGAUGUCAGCAUCCCCGAGAUUGUGCCUCGGUGGGAGUUUGGAGAUGUCCUCUACCUGGGCUGGGCUGCUGGUAUUUUCCUGGCUCUUGGUGGGUUACUCCUCAGCUUCUCAGCUUGCCUGGGGAAAGAAGAUGUGCCCUCUCCCUGGAUGUCUAGUCCUACAGCCCCAUCAUCCUGUGCUCCAGCAGAAGAGUCUGAUGGCUCCUUCCAGCAAAUACCAAGAUCUAGAAACCUGUUCAUCUAGGACUAGCUUCUGCCAAGGAAUCUCUGGAAUAAAGGA